AAACAAUCUUCUUUCCUUCUGACAUUGUUCACUAACUCCUCCGUCUGAAGAGAACUCAACAGUAACGUCCGACAACUUCUCCAACAAAGGAGAUGGCCGCCCGGAGCCGGAUCACGGUUCUGCUGCUGAUCUUCCUCCUGUCGACUGAACACAGUUUUGCUGUGAACGUGAAGGAACUUGCACCGCUGGUAAACGAACUCUUGAGCGGGUACCGCUUUAAUAGUAUGUUCAGUCUGGCCGUGAGUAUCCCACUGAACCAGGAUCAGAACAAGAACCAGAACCAGAACCAGAACCAGAACCAUGGCGCUAACCAAAUCAUCCAGGAAGUCCUCAAAAGUGACCAUGCUGACAACGUGAAGAACAAGAUCAACAAGGGUGAAGUGUACAUUGGCAGCAGGGUGGUUGCAGCUGAGGUUCGGCGACUGGAAAAAGGUUCUGAUCAUGCAGAGUCACGCGUUGUGAACAACUUGGACCAAUUGGUCAACAGUCCUCAAGUCAAUAAUAACGAUUUGUUGCUUUUCUAUGUUUAUGCCUCCCCAUGUGUUGAAAAAUGUACGAGUUAUGGACACACAGAAAAUAUCCUUAAGAAGAUAAACCGCAUUCGGCAUUGGAAAAGUUACGCAGUUGUGUUUUCUAAAAUAUUCAAGCCCAAAAAAGGUCAGGAGAACACGAAGGAAGAGCGUAUUGAUGCCCUUGAGCGACUUGCAUGGUACAAGGUUGGAGGAGGUCAUAUUGGUCUAGAAAACAUCUUCCGCUGUGACAGAACAAAACAAAGCCAAAAACUAACGAUGCAGUGCAUCAGCUGUUCAAGUAACGGUAACGUUGCACACAAAUGUGUGUCAGAUGAUCCUCCCUCUGCUACCAGCCAAAGUGAGGCCUCUGCCUCCACAAAAAUGUGUCCUCAGUCAGCUAGAGGUGGCUCCUCCUCAGAGAGUGGUGCUCAGGAUGAAUCUGAGUGGCGCAGCGUUAACAGACGAGGGGGCCGAGUAAGAAGGGACAUCAGUUGUAGCGUAGAGGACGUAUCUUCCCCACAAAUUGGCCUUAAUUCUGGAGAUGGAAAUGGAAAAGUGAGCAGAGGUAAAGGAAAAGUGAGCAAGGGCAAAGGAAGUAAAGGGAGAAGAGGCAAAGGAAGGAAAGGAAAAGGGAGAAGAGGGAAAGGAGGGAAAGGAAAAGGGAGAAGAAGGAAAGGAGGGAAAGGAAAAGGGAGAAGAAGGAAAGGAGGGAAAGGAAAAGGGAGAAGAGGGAAAGGUGGGAAAGGAAAAGGGAGCAGGCGAGGGGGGAGAAGCAGAAGACGGGGUUUGGACCAGGAGUGAAUUUUUGUUACAGAUUUUUCAGAAUCAAACAUUUGAACCUUUUAUGAACGACAUGACUGAGUCUUUGAGCUUUGAAGGAAUAAAAUGUAUUACUUUAGAAUUUUAUUACAGUUCUUUGAUUGUCUGUUAAUAGAUUAAUGUUGAUAAUAUUAAAAGAUAAAUGUAUAAAGAUAGACGACAUGACAGCCACCAAAAGUGAAACCAACACGCCUUGAUCGCCCCCUGGGGGAUGGCUGCUGUAAGGGUCAUAACCUUCUCCUCCUCCAACAUGUUAGCAGAUACAAAAAAUGAUAAACAUUAAAUAAAUGUCUCUUAAAGAUUUCA